AGUGAAUUGCGUUGCGAAGGGCAAUCGGUACUCUGUAACACUUUUGCAUUGCACUGUUUUCCCGUUGACAUAUUUCCAGUGUAGUUGACAUUACUGACCGAAAUGAAAAAGAAUGAAAACAAAAUCAAUAACAAAAAAGUGAAAAAUUGUAGAAAAUUGACAGGCAAACAUAAUUAAAUUUGAAAAGUUUUAUAUAAAUGUAAUUUUAAAUUAAUAAAAAAGGUGUGGAUAUGGAUUCCGUUGUGUUAUAGGAGGAAAACACAAAAGAUGAACGAGUUGAGCGGACAAUUAUUAGGGACAAGUCUAAUGUGAGGAGUCUUAGUGAAAAAGUUUCGUGCAAAACUUUCGCUUAAGCAAGGAACCAUUCAAAUAUGUGUUGGAUAGCAUAAGUAGUGAGCUAAAAACUCCACGCAGGUCUACAGAAAUACCCGAAAUUGUGAAAUUAGCGGCAACUUUAAAAUAUUUGGCGCAGGGAGGGUAUCAACAGUAAUUUGGACCAUACAGGACUAGCUCAACAAACAGCGUGUGUGUGUUUGAAGUUUGUAAAAACACAUAAGUUUUGCAAUGUCUUCAGAGGAGAAAAAUGAAGCGAAACGAGCUUUUUACUCAAUGUCUGGAAUUCCAGGAGUAAUUGGAGUGGUGGAUAGUACUCACAUGCAAAUGAUACGACCGGCAGUGAAUGAGCAUUUAUAUUUCAAUAGGAAAUUAAAGCAUAGUAUAAACGCUAUGGUGAUGAUAAUAAAAGCCGUUAACGGUCGGUUUGCUGGGGCGUGUCAUAAUUCACAUGUUUGGAAUUUGUCAAGCGAGCGCCAAUAUUUACAAAGCAACUAUGUGAAUGGAGAAAUAAGAAUUCGCAUUCAUGGCGACUCUGGAUAUCCGCUUGAGAGAUGGCUUUUAACUCCAUACAGAAAUGCUGCUGAAAACUCUGCUGAAAGUUACUACAACGUCAAAUUUUCAAAAGCCAGAUCCCUUAUCGAACGAGUAUUUAGAGUAUUAAGAGCGCGGUUCCGAUGCCUUUUAGCUGCUAGAGAACUACAAUAUGCCUUAGAAAAAGUGGUGCAAAUUUUGAACGUAUGUUGUGCUCUUCAUAAUAUUUGCACUCUUUUUAAUGUGGAAUCACCUGCCAAUAUAGCAAUAGAAGUUGGAGAAGUCGAUGCUAGUUAUACUGAAACCAGAGAUAAAGAGAUGUCCAACUCCUCUCUCACUGGAAGUGAGAGAACAAUUGCUAAACGUCAAAACCACCUAAACUAUGACAGUUGACUGGAUUGGGGAAGUUCUGACGUUUAGCAAUUGGAAACGAGCGAUGGCCAGAUUGAAAUCUUACCAAAAAAAUAUGUAAACGGAGGAAUUUGUUGCCGCUGUUCAAGAUCGCUUAUAAAAAUUUAAAACAAUGAAAAUCAAAGAAAAUGCGAAAUUUAAAUAUAUUUCAUGAAACGUUUUGUAAUUUGAUGCAUAAUAGAAUUAAUUUUCAAUUAUAAAUGAUUAACAACAUUUGAUAAUUGAGAACUAACAAGCUUAAUUCACCUUAUUAAGUAUUGAAAAAUCAAAAGUCAGUUGUUUUAAUAUACCAUAAAAUCAUAAAAAAGGAUUUAAGUAGUUUCGUCAUAUACAUACAUAUUAAAAGUCCAAUAUAUAAUAAUUUGCAAUCGUAAUAAAUGUUGGGUGUUUUAAUUUAAAAUGCCCAAAAAUUCUUAUUUUGUUCGAUCUGGCCAUAAUGGAAAAUGUUAUAAAAAAACGCUUAUUUUGAGGCGCUCUCACACUGGAAUAAGUUGGGCAUCCCAUUAUCCCUGCUGAAACCAUAGGAAAUGCGAAUGAAACCAAUAAUGCUAAACGUUUAAGGGAUCAAAUAAAAAACAGUAUGAUUACUUUAUAAACAUAUAACACUAUUUAAUAAAGUAAACUUUUUAAUUUUUCACAUU